CUCCGCUGAGGUUGGAACCUCUAGACUCUUGCAACUGCCAUUGAGAACACAUGCAGUUCAUCUGAUGGAGCAAUACGGCCAUCAUGCCGGGGAACAUCAUCAAUCUCACGCCAGAAGAUGUCGCCAAGUGGCCGACCCCCAAUUACACCGAUCCUCAUCGACGGCGUUGGAUGCCCGCGUACGCCGGUGUCCUGUAUGGCGUUGCUACGGUCAUGGGGGCCACAAGGCUGUGGUUGCGAGCGAAACAACGAGGUGGUGGACUCGGCAUUGACGAUAUUCUCCUCAUCUGCGCCUGGCUUACGCUAUCCUGUUUUACAGCCUUGAGCAUUGCUGGCUCGGAGAGAUUUGAUACUUCGAGACAUAUGUGGGAUAUACCACUAACGAUGUACGAGAAUACUGCUCUGAUCACUUGGAUUGCAGAACUGGAUUUCUUGAUCUGCGGCUGCUUCCUCAAAUGCAGCGUCCUCCUCUUCUACCGAAGACUGGCUCGGAACGCCGUCUCGCCUCUCUGGAUAUGGGGAGUGCAAUUCGCCAUUGCCUUCACCGUAGCAUAUUCUCUGGCGUUCGUAUUGACCCUCAUCUUCAACUGCUCGCCAACGGAAGCCUAUUGGAAGUCUUUCAGCCUGACGUAUACGACCGACUACACUUGCGUAAACACUACAGCCAUCAAUUUGCUGGCUGGGAUCUUGUCUAUUAUCAGCGACUUGUACUCGAUUAUCCUACCUUGCAUGAUGACGAGGCACCUACUACUACCGCCAACACAACGACUCGCACUGUACAUUAUCUUUUCGCUCGGUCUGCUCGCUGUGGCUGCAAGCAGUGUCAGGACCUACUGGUUGUACCAAGUGGGACACUCGAGCGACGUCUCGACGUGUAUUUUCUAUGUCUUUGUCUGGGCGCAACUUGAGUUGAGUCUGGGCAUGAUGUGUACAGCACUCCCCUCACUCCGGGUGGUGUUCCGAGAGUAUCUCAGCGAGCCGCUUUCGAAGCUGAAGCGCUCUGUCAACACGACGAGCCGAAGCCACCGUCUGUCGGACGCCGAAGAGAUGAUUAUUGCACAUACAGGCGCAAUACCAGACCUGGAACAAUGCCACCGGGUGCAUGAUACCCCAAAGCACACGCCGAAAUCAUCCGUAACCACAACAACAUCAUCUUUUACUUAUGAUGACAUCUCCUCCAUCGAACCAGUUGUUGAUGAUAGCACGAGACCUGCCUCCUGGACCAAAGACAUCCCAUAUCUCGUCCGCACACCUGCAGACUACGAGUCCUACAAUCUGCACAACAUGGAAAAAUAUCGCCAAUCUGUCCAUGCACGAGACUUUUCGAGGAGCACAACCGAAAGGAGUAGUAGAUCGGGCAGAAUUGAAGAGAAGGAAAAACCAACCUUGUGAGAGUGAUUUGAGAGGAAAAAAAAUGGAAAAAGAAGGAUUAAAAAGGAAAGAGAAGAAGUGAACAAGAAAACAAGCUGAGAAAGCUCACUGAAAACUUUGGUUCAAAAUAUAAAUGUUCCAGUUAUUGUUGUUGCUGUGUACAAACAACAAUAUAUGUAUGUACCUAGGUAUGAUUGAUGACUAAGUCAAAAGAUUGUGGCUGAACUGGUGUAGGGGAAAAAAGACCAAUCGCCCAGCC